AUGGCCGACGUUUCCCAAGCAUCCCCUGCUCCUGAGGUUGACAUCGAGAAAAGCAAAGAUGUUACCCAAGAGGUGACAGAGUUCAACGACGACCUGAAGUCUGACUUUGAUUCUGACCACAAGCAAGAUGGUGUCAAGAAGGUCGAAGCUGUCACUUCAGUCUGGACAAAGAAGACCCUCUGGAUCAUGUUUGCUUUGCUCUACCUGGUGUCCUUCGUCGACAUGCUCACGGUCAGUGUCGAGGGCAACUUGACGCCAUAUGUAACGUCCGCCUUCUACCAACAUGGUCUGCUCGCAACGACAAGUAUAGUCGCAUCCAUCCUUGGAGGCUCUUCAAAGCUGGCCAUCGCUAAAUUGAUCGAUAUCUGGGGUCGUGUCGAGGGCUUCCUCGCUAUGCUCUUGAUCAUGGUGCUGGGCUUGGUGAUGAAGGCGGCGUGCAAGAAUGUCGAGACAUAUGCCGCCGCGCAGACCUUCUACUGGACUGGUCAUCUGGGACUAAUCUACAUUAUUGACGUUGUCAUCGCCGACAUGACCACUCUUCGCAACCGCAUGCUCAUGCUCACACUGAACGGGACGCCAACAAUAGCUUCGACCUUUGCUGGGCCAAAGAUCGCAGAAUUGUUCUAUACGCAGUCAACCUUUCGAUGGGGCUUCGGCGCAUGCUGCAUCAUCCUUGUCGGAGUUGCCUUCCCAACGGCGAUCGUGAUGCUCCUGAAUCAGAGAAAGGCAGCCAAGAUGGGCAUGCUUCCGGAGAUGCCCAGUGGCCGAACGCUUUUGCAGUCGCUCAAGCACUACGUUGUGCAGUUCGAUGGUGACAUUCGGCAUCCUUCUCGUCACAGCCGGCUUCUCACUCUUCCUCCUGCCUUCAGUCUGGCAUCUUCAUCCGGCGACAAGUGGAGAAGUGGCAGCAUAAUUGCCAUGAUCGUCAUCGGCAUUCUCUGUCUGAUCGCAUUCUAUUGCUGGGAGAAGUGGGGCGCCACCAUCCCGUUCUUGCCAUUUCACUACUUGAAGGAUCGAACCAUCAUUGGGUCGUGCUUGCUGUACGGCAUUAUGUUCAUUUCGAUCUUUGCCUGGGACGCCUACUACUCAUCUUACCUGCAAGUCGUCCACAACCAAUCCAUAACCCACGCCGGCUACAUCCUUAACUCUUUCUCGCUCACCUCAGCCUUCAUCUCGCCGUUCAUCGGACUCAUCAUCCGCUACACGGGCAACGUCAAGUACACCGCCUGCGCUGGCAUCCCCUUCGUCGUCCUCGGCACCGCCCUGCUCAUCCCCUUCCGCCAACCGUCGACUCAUGUCGGCAUCCUCGUCAUGUGCCAGCUCUUCAACGGCAUCGGCACAGGCAUCUUUGCUACCUGUGGGCAACUUGCCGUCAUGGCGGCUGUCACGCACCAGGAGAUCGCCGUCGCGACGGCACUUUGGGGAAUGUUUGGGUCUAUUGGCGCAGCCGUCGGCCUGACAAUUGCUGGUGGCCUGUGGACAAAUGUGCUUCCUGGAGCGCUGGUCAGAGAGUUGCCUGGGGGCAGCAAGGAUCUGGCGGCGACGAUUUACAGUAGUUUGGUCAUCCAGCAGGAGUAUCCUGUGGGCACGGAGAUCCGGGAUGCGAUCAUCAGGGCGUAUGCGGAUGUGCAGAGGAAGAUGGUCAUUGCGGGCUGCGGGUUCGUGCCGUUGCUGGUGGUCUGUAUCCUGAUGUGGCGGAACUUGAAUGUCAAGAAGCUGGAGGAGCAUCGGAGUCAGGCGAAGGGGACGAUUUGGUAG